UGAGACAGGGUGGAAGGCGGAAACUGGUCCAAACGCUGGUUGCAGUGUUUUGUUGUCAUGGAGGAGGAUAUUUGAAGGAGAAGAUAAUGCAAAUAUACAUUGAUUGCAUGGUUUGCUGAAUUCCGAAUAAGAAAAGGGAGAAAGAUGAACUUUUCAAUUGCUUCUAACCCAUUACUUGAUAGUUUUUCGCCAAAACCCUUGUGUGUUUUCUCCUCUUCUAAAACCCUAUUUGCUCGAAGUGAUAGACGGCCGAAAUGCUUGUUUCUUAGGCGCUUGUCUGCUCCAAUUUUGCGGUUGCAAUCACGCAGCUGUGUUAGAAGACUAGAAAUUAAGUGUUGCAGAGCACCUUCAAGUUCGAGUUCCAACCCUGUGGAGGGGGAAACUGACUCAGCUCAGCAGCUAUUCGAGAAUUUGAAGCAAGCUGAGAGAGAACGGAUAAACAGAUUAGAAGAGUUUGAAAGGAAGGCAAAUGUUCAAUUGGACAGGCAGCUCAUGAUGGCUUCGGAAUGGAGCAGGGCACUUUUGACUAUGAGAGGAAAAUUGAAAGGAACAGAGUGGGACCCUGAGAAUUCUCAUUGCAUAGACUAUAGUGACUUCAAGAGACUUCUUGAUUCGAACAAUGUCCAAUUCAUGGAGUACUCUAAUUACGGCCAGACAGUCUCAGUGAUUCUACCUUAUUAUAAAGAAGGUAAAACUGAAGGUUCAGAAGGUAAGAAGGAAAUUGUUUUCCGGCGCCAUGUGGUUGACCGUAUGCCAAUUGACUGCUGGAAUGAUGUUUGGCAAAAGUUGCAUCAACAGCUUGUCAAUGUUGAUGUCCUCAAUGUUAAUACUGUUCCUGCGGAAGUCUAUUCAUCUGUCGCGACUGCAGUUGUGUGGUCCAUGAGGCUGGCUCUUUCUGUCGCUCUAUAUAUUUGGAUUGAUAAUAUGAUGAGACCAAUAUACUCAAAAUUAAUUCCUUGUGAUCUUGGCGCUCCUCCGAAAAAGAUAACGUUGGAGCCACUCAAGCGCCAGGCCCUUGGGUCAUUAGGGAAGAGUCGGGCAAAGUUCAUAUCAGCUGAAGAAAAAACUGGUGUCACCUUUGAUGAUUUUGCUGGUCAAGAGUAUAUCAAGCGGGAACUGCAAGAGAUUGUUCGAAUACUAAAAAAUGAUGAGGAGUUCCAAAACAAGGGUAUCUAUUGCCCAAAAGGUGUGCUCCUUCAUGGUCCUCCUGGAACUGGUAAAACACUUCUUGCAAAAGCUAUAGCUGGUGAGGCAGGUCUUCCAUUUUUUGCAGCUAAUGGUACAGACUUUGUCGAGAUGUUUGUUGGUGUGGCUGCUUCUCGUGUGAAGGAUCUUUUUGCUAGUGCCAGGUCAUUUGCACCUUCUAUAAUUUUCAUUGAUGAGAUAGAUGCAAUUGGCAGUAAACGUGGUGGACCUGAUAUUGGUGGGGGUGGUGCUGAGAGGGAACAAGGACUACUUCAAAUACUGACAGAAAUGGAUGGUUUUAAAGUGUCAACAUCACAGGUGUUGGUUAUUGGUGCAACAAAUAGACUGGAUAUUCUUGAUCCUGCUCUUCUAAGAAAAGGCCGCUUUGACAAGAUUAUUCGUGUUGGAUUACCGUCGAAAGAUGGUAGAUUUGCCAUAUUGAAGGUACAUGCUCGGAAUAAAUAUUUUCGUUCAGAGGAAGAGAAGGAGAAUCUACUUAAAGAAAUUGCAGAUCUUACGGAAGAUUUUACUGGAGCAGAAUUGCAAAAUAUACUGAAUGAAGCCGGAAUCUUGACUGCAAGGAAGGACUUAGACUACAUAGGACAGGAAGAACUUCUUGAGGCCUUGAAGCGGCAAAAAGGCACUUUUGAAACAGGUCAAGAAGAUAGUACUGAAGUCCCUGAAGAGUUAAAACUGAGACUGGCAUAUCGGGAGGCGGCUGUAGCUGUUCUUGCAUGUUAUAUUCCAGAUUCCUACCGCCCAUUCACUGAUACACAUAUUAAUUCCAUUCGCAGUCAGCCAAAUAUGAGCUAUGAGGAGACAGCAGGCAGGGUGUUUCAGCGCAAGGCGGAUUAUGUGGAUUCUAUAGUACGGGCAUGUGCUCCCAGAGUAAUUGAAGAGGAGAUAUUUGGAGUUGAAAAUCUAUCCUGGGUUUCUGCAAAAUCCACAUUAGAGGCUUCCAGACUUGCUGAAUUCUUGAUUUUGCAAACGGGAAUGACUGCUUUUGGGAAGGCCUAUUACAGAUAUCAACAUGAUCUUGUGCCUAACCUUGCUGCCAAACUUGAAGCACUUAGAGAAGAAUACAUGCGUUUUGCUGUGGAGAAAUGCACAUCUGUACUAAGAGAAUACAGUCCUGCUGUGGAGAACAUUACAGAUGUCCUACUUGAGAAGGGAGAGAUUAAAGCAGAUGAAAUUUGGAAAAUAUACAACAGUUCACCUCGAAUACCUCAGCCUGCUGUGAGAGAAGUGGAUGAAUAUGGCGUGCUUAUAUAUGCGGGACGGUGGGGAGUACAUGGUGUUUCACUUCCAGGAAGGGUGACCUUUGCACCUGGAAAUGUGGGAUUUUCUACUUUUGGUGCACCUCGUCCUAUGGAGACUCAAAUCAUUAGUGAUGACACUUGGAAGCUAAUAGAUGGAAUAUGGGACAAAAGGGUUGAGGAAAUCAGGGCUGAGGCCUCUAUGGAAAUUGAAGAAGAUAAAGAGAAGCCACAGCUUUUGAUGGCCAGCCAUUUUCUAUAAGAGUCGUUGUAUUAUAUCUGGUUCAUCUUAUGAGUUCUCUUGUAGUCCAACAUACCUCUGCAGUUAAUUCUGUUAGUUAACACGGGAAGCUUAUUGUGCCCGCCUCUUAUCCAAAUUCCACCACGGAGCAUCUUAUCUUGUGCCAUUAGUAUUAAGCCUCUUUUGUCAUUCAAGGACUGCUGGAUCCCUCAAACUAGAGAAUUGAUUCCGGCACAAGGUAUUCAGAUGUUGGACUUUCAAAUUUUGUUCCUUUAUUACCUGAUGUGAUGCUGCCAUUAUUGUUAUGGUUGCCAUCUACAACGUAAUCGAUAUCAACUUAUAGCUUGGGAUUUUGGAGAAAUGACUACAGGAUUGGACAGAAAUAUAGGUUAUUAUACAUUAUUAUAGGAUCUGCAGAAUUAGUGAUAGUCAGAUCAGGGAAACAAUCCGAUGAGUUGUAGCUUUUGUUGGUUGGCUUUUGUUUUACAACAUUCAUGUUGUGAAUGACGAGAAAGAAAGAAUUGACUUGUAUAUCUGUCAUGUACAUGUUUUCUCUCUAGACUUAUGUAAAUCUAGCAUCUUUUCCCUUUCUGCCGAGCUGCAAA